UGAGAUGGACUUGUGUAAUCAGUGUAACAGUAUGGUUUAGUGAACUACAGUUUGGUGGGCACGCAUGGUUGACAGGCAAGGUAAAGUGACAAGGCCCAGACAUUGACAGCAUAUCUCACUACAGCACUGGAGCUGAAGGCUCACAAAGCAGUACUGAUAGCCUUCUCAACAGUUGUACACACUGGAAUUUAAAGCUAGCUGCUGUCUGUAUGUAUCAGUGCAUCAAUCAGUCAGUGACUUCUGUGUGAUUUCUCGGAUUAUUACUGUUCUAACUCAAAGUUCAUAAAAAAUGGGAAACAAAUCAUCUAGCAAGAAGUUGCCAAAGGAGGAUUUAGAGUUUUUAGUAAACAACACAAAGUUCUCCAAAGCAGAGAUAAAGGAUUGGUAUCGUGGAUUUAUGAAAGACUGUCCAGAUGGGUUAUUGUGUAAGAGUAAAUUCUUGGAUGUGUACUCAACAUUCUUCCCUACUGGGACUCCAGACACUUUUUGUGAACAUGUGUUCCGAUCAUUUGACAAAGACAAUAGUGGGAAGAUAGAUUUCAAGGAGUUCCUGCUGGCCAUUAACAUUACAUCUGGUGGAAACCCUGAGGAUAAAUUAAACUGGGCCUUUAAUAUGUACGAUAUAGAUGGAAACGGAUCUAUCGAAAAGAAAGAAAUGGUUGAAAUUAUUGCGGCUAUAUACAACAUGUUGGGCAAUGCUUUGUGUGGACAAGAGACAGAUACUCCAGAAGACCGUACAGAAAAGAUAUUUGAUAAAAUGGACGAAAACAGUGAUGGUGUGUUAAGCAAGAAGGAAUUCAUCGAGGGAUGUAUGAAAGAUCAGUUUCUAUAUCAAAUGCUGACAGCAGACGCUGCAGGAAACCAAUAGUUGGUACACAUAGAGUGUGACAUAACAUUACCAUGUACAGUUUGUAUAUCUCCGUAUAUCUCAAUCAUUUCAGCAUUUUGAUUUUUUUCUUUUUUAAGAAAAAAUUAUCCUCUUUAACCGAAGUGGCUUGUUACAAACAAAAAGUGGAUUUUUUGUACACAUACCUAUUGAUAUGUGUGCAUGCAUUUCAUACAUGACAUUUGAAGUUAUGAAUCUAGUAGUGUCAGAAUAAAUUUUUAAGAAAAAGUUAUUUUCCAACUUUAGGAUUUUUCUUUUAAUUUGCUAUAAUGUUAGAACAACUUUUUCAA